ACCUACAUAACUAGUCUAGUAGGCACCUACCUACCUGUACAGCAAAAGCAUAUUUUUCCAUUUUAUUAAAAUUUAUUCUGAAGUCAGGUUCGUAAAAUUUAAAACCUGUAAUCAUUAUCGUGUCGAAAAAACGUAAAAGUAAUGUUCGUUUAAUAAGUGGCAAUAAGUUGAAAGAGAUUUUCCAAUGGGUUCCUUUACAUAAAAUGUUCCAGUGGAGCUUCAUUUGAAGCUUUUAGAGUUAGUUGCCAUCAAGGAAUUGAAUGGCUAUGUAUUAUUACGCAAGUAAACUAAACGAAGCCUCAUGUAGUGGUUGUAAUAUGAAGGUACCUCCGGCCCCGACCGAGCCGGCUCCGGUACCCCCGCCGCCAGCAGAUCACGCUCCACUUCCCCCUGACCCUGCUAUCUUACAUGGAACUGGCUUGUCAUACUAUGAUAAUGACGAUUACUACUCAAUGGUCCGGGGGAAUAAGUUUAUGACAGAAACAAGCUGUAAGCAUAUUGUUAUGAAUGGUGGUAUUAAUUUUGUGUCAAGUCAGAAAGUGGAAAUGCCACAGCUGCCGGCUAUAUUAGCUCCUGGGACUAAAGCAUUGUCUGGGCUGUCUUACGGGUACUGUCCACCAGAUAAGGAUAUUGAAUAUAAGGAUGGUCAAAUAGUGAGCGCCUCACUGGACACUUUGGUGGACAUGCUCCGUCCGGCAGCAAACAAAUCCUUUAUGUUCACCUUUUUACUUUGCUCACGCCUGUUUGUUAGGCCACAUGAAUUGCUCAAUAAGUUGUGCAAACGUUACUUUAAGAAUUACGAUAAAAUAGGAAAAGUUGAAGUGAAAGAUAUGGUCGACAGAGAGCUGAGUGAUAUGGUGAGUCUGGUGCGCGUGCUGAACCAGUGGACUGGCAUGUUCCCUUAUGACUUCCGCGACGACAGGGUAAUGGCACUCGUGCGCAGUAUAACCCAAAGAUGUGCAGCUGAGCAUAUGGCGUCAGUGCGUAUUGAAGUGUCCACAAUGUUGGAAAAGCUUCUCGAUAAAUUAACUGCUUUAGAACAAUAUGAGGAGUCACUGAUAGACCAACCUCAAGUGACAUCAGUAGAUUCCUUACCACAGGGUGAUAUAUUGACCUUGGGGCUGACACCAGUGGAGCUAGCAAACCAGCUGACUAUUGUGGAACUCAGGAGACUUUCUUUCGUUGGCCCAGAAGAGUUUGUUCAGACGUUCGCGCCCGUGCAGCCGGCCCCGACCUCCUCUUGCGGCAAGUCCACCAUCAGCAUGCAUCACAUUGAAACCAAGUCCACGAGGAACCUUGAAGCGUACGCGGAUUGGUUUAACAGAUUGAGCUACUUAGUCGCAACAGACAUUUUGAAAUCGGUGAAAAGCAAAUACAGAGCGCGUGUGAUCGAGCAGUGGGUGAUGACAGCGCGGGAGUGCUUCAACCUCGGCAACUUCAACUCGCUAAUGGCCAUCAUCAGCGCGCUUAACAUGGCUGCGGUCACCAGGCUCAAGAAAACGUGGAGUCGCACGUCAGCGGUAUGCGGACAACAGUUGAGGCAGCUAGAGUUGUGUGUGGAGCCCAGUGGGAAUCAUGCCAGGUACCGAGCAGCGCUGGCCGCGGUGCCGACUGAGACCGCCGUGCCGCUGUUGUCCGUCACGUGUCGCGACCUCCACUUCGCGAACCAAGGCUCUCCUUCUAAACUUGCGGGCAAUCGCGUGAACUUCGAGAAGUGUUCGCUUCUCGCACGACACGUGAGUGCGCAGCUGGCGUCGCGUCGGCUGACGUCGGACGGCGCCCCCGCCCCGCCGCCACCCGCCCCGCUCUCGCCCGCCUGGCGGUUCCUCAACGACCGGCCCUCGCUUGCAGACACAGCUCUGGAGUUAACAUCUUUCGAGCGUGAGCCCCCGGUUGACCACUUGGAGAAGGAACGAUUAAAACGACUUCGCGGAGCUACUUAAGAGGUGAACAAGUAUUACAAUUUUUCUGUCAUUAAACAAAAGUUUGUAUUCGCUAAUUUUACUUAAAAAAUCUUUUAUAAUUGCGAAGAUCCUAAAUACUUAUUUUAUACAAUAAGCUAAAUAAACAAACUCAAAUUAACAGUCUAACGACUUCAUAUCCUGUACAAAUUAGACUAGAGUAUAACUCUGACUUCUGUUUUAUUGACAUAUUCAAAAUUUCUUUAAAAUAUCUCUUGUAAAUGAAUAUUAAUAACAGCUAUAAAAGCUGGACCAAUUGAUUACAGAAGUAUUUCAUCGUGUGCGUUUCGGAUUAAAAUUUCUGAACUAUGGGUAUUUAAAACUGAGCAAAAACAUAUGUGCACAAAUGAAUUACUUUGAAAUUACAAUAUAAAAGCAUUCGUUAAUUACACUCUAUGAUGUUUGUUAAACUAAUGGAAUUUGCUGAUACUAAGAGUUAGUGAUAUGAAUUUUAAAAAGUUUAUUAAAAUUAUGUAAAUUGGAGUUACGUAGCCAUUAAAAUCCAAGUUCCUUGCCCUUCAGUAUUUAAAUUUUUUUCUCGCCAUUUUAAUGAAUCUCAUAAUGUACUUAAUAAUGUAACUAUUCUGUAUUUUGAUGUUUGAUCUCAUUUUAUGGUUGAUGUUAUAUUUCGAUAAUUUCUAAGUUUGCGUGUGUGCUGGAUGUGAAUGUGUGAAAAAUAUAAAUAAUCUGUAUACACUCUGUGUUUCAAUAUUUUAGAUUUGGUGCAUUUGUGUGUUCUGACAAGGUAUCUAUAUAAUUUGGAGUAUUCGCUGUUAAUUUAAUACAUACUUUUAACAUUUUGCCAUUGUGUUUCAAAAGGUAACUAUAUAGUUUUAGCCAGAAAUCAGGCAUAGGUAGAAUAGUAAUUAAGAUCGGGUACACGUUAAGUCAUAAUACCGUACAUAAUCACAGCUACGUGCCAUGUAUACUCAGGACUUUCAUACAAGUUAUAUAAUUUAUUUAUGGUUUCUUUGUUUCUGAUGUCCCGAUAUUUACUGGAUCUCACUGCUAUCAUCUUAAAAAUACAUUAAAGGUGUUGUUGUUUGAUAUGAUAAUAUCUACUCGAAAUUUAGGUCUGAGUAAUGUUUUAGGAGUUAAAAGACGAAGCUAUAUAUUUUUUGCUUUUCCGCAGUAUCAUUAACUUUAAAUUGAUCAGUAAUUAUGAGAUUUAAGAGACCACUCAUAUUCAUAAGUAGCUAAUAUUUAUCUAAAUUAUUUGUAUCGUAAUCAUAUAAAACGUUAGUGUAAGUGUAAGCCUGGUACUUAUAUAAACCAAUUUUUGGAAAUAUACCAUCGCAUGCUGUGUACAAACCUUGGUUGCCAUGUUUAGUUUUAAGUUCAUUAGUUAAAAAGUGCUUUAUUUAUCGUUUAUUUAUGUGAACAUAAUUUGUUAUAUUUCAAUGUUGUUUUUGUUAGACGUAAGUACUGGACUUAAAAAUGAUUGUGGAUCCCGGUGAGUAUUAGCAAGAUUUGUGCGUGCAAUACAAUGACUGACCUGUGUGUAAGCAUAAAUUUGUGUCGCGAUUUCUGUUCCACACGAGGUGUGAGGUGUGUAACGGGGCGUUUCAAAAUGUUGUAAACACAAAUUAGAAAACCAUGUAGAAGGGGCAACGAGUAACUAACAGUCGAUAAUUAAGCCGUGUGAAUCUGGUCAUACACACAUCUUCAUCGAAAAAUGAGUGUAAGAGACAUAUAUAUUUAUAUAGACAUAUAUACAUUUUUUUUAAAUACCUUCACAUAUGGAUUGCGAUUGCUCUAUGCCAAUUCUGUAUGGUUGAUGUAAUAAUUGAAGGAAAUAUGCUCAGUACCAUGUACUGAGCAUAUUUUGUUGUUUUGUACAACAAUAUAAAAAUAAUGUGAAACAAACGAACAUCCAUUUCGAGAGGGUAAAGAAAAGCCAUUUUUAUGCUUCAGAUUCGCUUGUAUACCUCGACAUCCAAGCCAACUUCAAAAGUUGGCUGAUAUUUAAAUGUAGACCUGCAACACGAUUGCCAACACUAUUGAAAGCCCGAAGCCGAGUGUGAAAUAGAUGUAUUACUCACAUCCUGUGACUUCGUACACAGGCUGUGGGUGCUACAUUAAUUUCUCUUUAUACGUAAUUAAUCAAUACAUUCCUUUCUAAUCGAGACUGAAGUUUGAAAUAGGCUUGAAUAUAGUUAUAGUCGUGCGCGGUAAUUUUAUGUCUGAAAUAACGAUCAGUAUUACAAUUAUAUCUCUAAAAUCCAAUACUUUUUGUAGUUUUACUGUUGGUUAUCGUUAUAAAUAGAUUUUAAUGAGCAUAACUUAAAAAUAUAGUUGGGAUACUUAAAUAUAACCUGUGAUUAUCGUCUAAUGUUCUAUACAUUCCAUUCGUGCUUAUGUCGGUGUCGUAGCUUUCUUAUUUGUGAGGCUAUUGACUGAAAAAAAUAUACAUUCAAUCUCGACAUGACAAAAGACAAAAUUUUAUGAGUAAGUUUUAUGUAAUUUUAAUAAUAAUAGUUUAUAAAUUAUACCUACAUAGGGUUCAAGUUAAUAUAAAAAAAUAUUUACUUGUUACUAUCAUUAAUACUAUCUCAUAAGAAACGUAAUAAUAUUUACAUAAGUACUAUUGAUUCAAUGUGGUUUUAAAGGGUCAAAUCUCCUAUAUUUAUGUUUUUAUAUUCCCACCGACUUAAAAAUACUCAAACCUUAGCAAUUAUUAAACCCUGUCCAUUUAAGUACCUAUACUAAAGUAAUCACACUGGAUUGAUAAACAUAAUAUACUGUGAUUUAUUUACGAACUUUAUUUAGCGCUUUGGUUCUUUACAUAAAUAUUUUUAGAUUUUCCAUUUUCGGUUAGUUCACAAUGUUUAUAUUUACUAUGCUAUUCACUUAAAAGAUUAUUUGUUAUUUAUAUAUUAAAGUAAAUAACAUAUUUUAGAUCAAUAGAAUGUUCCCAACUCAUUGUUGCUUAGUCGGUACUAAAGUCCCAAAAUUUAUAAGGUCCAAAUUUCCGGCCUAAGACGAUUUGAAUGAAAGCUAAUGGAAUUCUUAACAGAACAUCUAUCGUACUACAAAAUCAUUACGUGAUUGUGCAAAGUACUUGACAUUUUAACAAUUUACGUCAACACAAUUUAUUACAAAUCAGACAACAGAUAAUUGCGAGAACAUAUCCAUAUCGCCAUCGACUCAAUGUCAAAUUUCUUGGAAAAACGAUAUUCCCUUUUCUAUAUGAAUUGGUAGCCAUAUUAGCAUGAUUACCAUCUUGCAAGUAUUCGUGAUUGCCUCACAAGUGGGAAGUCAGUUGAAGAUCUUUCUUAGGCUGGAUCUCAAAAUUCGUUUUGUAAAAUUAAAAGUCGAGUCAUUUAUUUAUGAAAAUUGUUUACCUACAAACUUACAUAUAUCAUAUACAGACCUGUUGUUUGUUUAAUCAACCAUUCAAUUUAACUAGAUUUCCUUGAUUCUGGCAUUAAAUUUGUCCACAAAUACAACAUAUAACUAAAGGUAUUGUUUUGUUAUACAUUUUUCGAUAACAGUUAUUAAUAUUUAAAAAUAAUGUUUAGGGUGCCCAUAUUAUUCCUGCACUCCUUGAAGGUUCUGAGGCAUCCGAUCGAAUUUAGGUUGGUGUAAUCAGUUUACGACGUUAUAUACCUACAUACUUACCUAUUUUAAUAAAAGUGUAUAUUUAUUGUAAGUACUUUAUAAGUAGAUAAUUUAUCUAAUAUUGUAUUUUUUCUAAUGUAUAUUAUUUCAAUUGUAAUAAAAUCACCGUACUUUCUAUAAAUUCGUUAAAUGUUCUUUACUGUCAAUGUGAUGUUUAUAUUGUAUCUCGAAACAAUAUACUAAUAAAAUACUAAAUCAUACAUA